AUGUCUCUGCAGGAAAAAAAAUAUCAGACGAAGGCUGUUGCACAGAAAUUGAAGGAGGCAGAGAUCACGGAGCAGGACUCUCUUCUCCUGACGAGGAAUCUACUUCGCAUUGCUAUAUUCAAUAUCAGUUAUAUCAGAGGUCUUUUUCCAGAAAAGUAUUUCAACGAUAAAUCAGUUCCUGCUUUAGAGAUGAAGAUCAAGAAGCUCAUGCCGAUGGAUGCAGAGUCUAGAAGAUUGAUUGACUGGAUGGAAAAAGGUGUAUAUGAUGCAUUGCAGCGGAAGUACCUUAAAACGCUUCUGUUCUGCGUGUGUGAGGCGGUGGAAGGGCCAAUGAUUGAGGAAUAUGCCUUUUCUUUCAGCUAUUCCAAUUCUGAUAGUCAAGAGGUCUCAAUGAACGUCAGUCGCACUGGAAACAAGAAACAGGGAGGAACAUUCAAGUGUAACUCCACGGCCGAAAUAACUCCCAACCAGAUGAGGAGUUCUGCUUGUAAGAUGGUUCGUACGCUGGUUCAGCUGAUGAGAACAUUGGAUAAGAUGCCCGAAGAGCGCACCAUAUUGAUGAAACUCCUCUACUAUGAUGAUGUUACGCCAGUCGAUUAUGAACCUCCAUUCUUCAGAAGUUGCGCAGAGGAAGAGGCACACCAUCCCUGGACUAAAAGUCCAUUAAGGAUGGAGGUUGGAAACGUCAACAGCAAGCAUUUUGUAUUAGCUCUCAAAGUAAAGAGCGUGCUUGAUCCGUGUGAAGAUGAAAAUGAUGAUAAUGAAGAGAUUGAAGUUAGCUUAGGAGCUAACUCGGAACAAAGGAACGGGUUUUCUGAAACUGAUAGUGAGGUUGACCCUUCCCCAGAAGGCGAUUAUAUUGUUGCACCAAGAGAAAAACUACAACUACAAGAACAAGAUAAUACUAGGAAAGUUGAUGAAGAUGAGACUCAGGAUCCAGAGGAAGAUGAACAGCAGUUAGCAAGGGUGAAGGACUGGAUCUAUAGUUACCAAUAUGACAAAUUAGAAAUUACCGACGUUCUUUCAAAUUUUCCAGACAUCUCGGUGGUUUUAAUUGAAGAAAUUAUGGACAAGCUUGUUAACGAAGGCGUUUUAUCCAAGACUGGAAGAGAUUCUUACAACAUCAUCAGGCAGAAGGCGUUUGAAUAUGAAUUCGACUUGGUGAAAGAAGAAACUGAUGGUCAAAUAGACAAAGUUGGUGCCAACGCUACCACAGUCCACGAUCUCCUGUAUAUGAAGACUUUAUAUCACACUCUUCAAAUGAGUUAUGUGACGGUUUCAAAGCUUCAAAACAAGCUUGAAGGAGAGGCCAAUCUAACCACAGUACGUAAAAUGAUUGACAAGAUGAUUCGAGAUGGUUUUGUUGAAGCCAAAGGGAGCCGAAGAAUGGGUAAACGCGUGAUCCACUCAGAUUUAGCUGAAAAGAAGUUCAAAGAAGUAAAGAAAGUAUUGAACUACGAAGACAUGGAAAUCGAUUCUUAUGGACCACAUGGAAAGUCCAACAACAAGAUGGAUAGCAACCACAAGGACAUGUCCACAUGUGGCAUCCUCCGUUCCAUUGGAUCAGAUUUAACGCGCAUGAGAGUGGCCUCAGGCACACCCCAAAAUGAUUCGAAAUCAACGGACCUUGGAAACACUCCCACAAGCACGCCUGCGCCAGCUGCGUCCAGAGAGAGUUUCGUACCAGGAAAUGAUAAUAUUAGAGUGAAUGGAAGUGCAAACCACCACCCUGACGAGAUGGACUUCGAAAAAUCCACUCAAGAUAAACGAUCCAGAAAGACAAGCACGGUUAAGGAUCCUAUCCUUCAGUACACAAAGCGACAGAAGUCACAAGACCAGUGAGAAGGCUUUGAAUAUUUGACUUGUUCGACCAUAUUCUCCUAUUAAAACUGGUAAUUCUUCUAAUGGUUGAAAUUAGAAUAAGUUUCUAGAUCUUGAUGAACCUAUCAAUCAUCCUUCCAUUAUUAAUAUUCCAUUAUUCCUUACUAGUA